UUCCAUGCCACAAAAUUAGCAUCCAUUGAUCCAUGAGAUAAUCAUAAUUUAGUGAAGAAAGAUAAAUUACUAGAGAGAGAGAGAAAGAGCUGAUCUGAGAAGGAAAGACGGUGCUGCCAUAGCCAGAAUCUCCUCUGAUACGCCAACACCUGUCGAUCUUCGAGCAAGUCUCAUUUACAAGCGGUCGAUUCUCAAUUCUCCACGAACCCACGAUUACCCUUUAUCUAUCUCUCUCCUAGUCACAAUUUGAGCUAGAGUUCUGAACAAGUUACAAAACCCAAAAUCUGAAUUUUUAUGCUUUUCCUUCUUUCAACAUUUUUAUUUGAUUAUUUUCGAAUUCCGACAAACCCCGAUCAGAUUCGUUCGCUCGGUGAAUUGGGUAGGGUUGAUUUUGCUAGCUUUUAGAAGACUAGAGAAAGGAAAGUAAGCUAGAGGAGUUGGUGAGAGAUAAAGCUUUUUUUUUUGUUGUUGAAAAGGUUUCCAAGCUUGUUUCUUUAUGAAGAAGAUUCAAAGUCCAAAUUGCUCAAAAGUAUACUAGUACAUAUUUUUUUAUCUUAGUGUACACGAUUCCAUGUUUCCUGAAUCUGAAGCAAACGCAAAAUAGGUACAGCAGUUCUGUACAUGCUAUUUGGCUACUCAAUUAAGGGCAAUCUGGAUUGGGAGUUGCUAGAAAUGACCAUUUUAGGUCGAACAAAUAGAUAGGUAAUACACUUCAUUCCUGUUGCUGAAGGGGAAAGAGUGAAUAUACAACUGUAUUAAGAUGGUUUCUGGACCGAUAUUCCAUUGCAAGAAGAAUUCUUGGCCACCGGAAGAAUAUGUUACUCGUCUUACCUUACAAUUGUUUGAUUUUGAUAGUGCUGCUCCUCCUGAACACGCUUGGAGAAGGAAAUUAAACAGUCAUGCUACUAUUCUUAAGGAAUUCAGUGUUACAUUUGUGGAAGCAAUUAAAAUGGUUCGACUUGGUAUUCGAAUGUGGUCUUACAUCCGAGAAGAGGCUUCUCAUGGAAGGACAGCACCUAUUAACCCAUUCAACCGAGAAAGUUCAUCAGCAUCUCAAGGUGUCCCAUUGGGAGGGAUGGGGAGUGGCAGCAUAUCAAGAGGUUUUAGAGGCGAGUUCAAACAUUGGCAAAUUGUGCCUGGUACAUGCGAGGCUUCUCCUGUUAUGGCCAAUCAGUUCUCUAUUUUUGUAUCUCGAGGGGGGAAUAAAAAUUAUGCAUCAGUUUUAUCCCCUGGCCGGCAUGAAGGGAUAGGGAAAUCCUGUGAUGAGGGUAUCUCAUCAUGGGGUUGGAAUCUAAGUGGCCAGCAUUCAACAUAUCAUGCUUUGUUUCCAAGGGCAUGGACGAUAUAUGAUGGUGAACCGGACCCAGAAUUAAAAAUAUCGUGUCGUCAAAUAUCACCAUUUAUACCGCAUAAUUAUAGAGAAAGUAGUCUUCCAGCUGCAGUUUUUGUUUAUACGCUGGUAAAUACUGGGAAGGAACGGGCAAAAGUUAGUCUUCUCUUUACUUGGGCGAAUUCUAUUGGAGGAGUAUCACAUUUAUCAGGGGAUCAUGUAAAUGAGCCAUUCAUUGGUGAAGAUGGCAUAGCUGGUGUACUUCUACAUCACAGGACAGCAAAGGAUAUUCCUCCUGUUACUUUUGCCAUAGCAGCUUGUGAAACCCAGAAUGUAAAUGUCACUGUUUUGCCCUGUUUUCGAUUAUCUGAAGGUAGUGGUGUCACUGCAAAGGACAUGUGGGAGAAAAUGGUGCAGGAUGGACAGUUUGACAGAGAAAACUUUAAUGUUGGGGCUAGCACCCCUUCUUCACCCGGGGAUACACUCUGUGCAGCAGUGUCUGCUUCCACAUGGGUUGAACCUCAUGGGAAGUGUACUGUCUCCUUUGCUCUUGCAUGGUCUUCGCCAAAAGUAAAAUUUUUGAAGGGAAAAUCUUAUCACAGGAGGUAUACUAAAUUCUAUGGAACUUCUGAGAGAGCAGCUUCAGAUUUGGUUCAUGAUGCAUUGACAAACUAUAAACGUUGGGAGGAAGAGAUCGAGAAUUGGCAAGCUCCUGUCCUAUCUGAUGACAGGCUACCAGAAUGGUACAAGUUUACAUUGUUUAAUGAGCUGUACUUCUUGGUUGCUGGUGGCACUGUUUGGAUAGACUCGGACUUCCGAGCUGCAAAUGCAGAAACCGAUAGUUCUUCAAAAAAAGCGAACAAUGGGACUGCUAUUGCAAAUGGAGAAAAGGGGUCGGAGAGUGGCAGUGUUAACACAGAUGAUGAUAGUACUGAUGAAUUUUCCAUUAGAGGUUAUUCGGGCGAAAAUAGAACAACGUUUGGAAAUCCCAAACAACCUCAUAAGCUACUGAAUCUAGAGAAUGACAACAAUGAUGUUGGCAGGUUUUUAUACCUAGAAGGUGUAGAAUACAUCAUGUGGUGUACCUAUGAUGUGCACUUCUACGCAUCUUACGCUCUUCUCAUGUUGUUCCCGAAUAUCGAACUCAAUAUUCAGCGCGAAUUUGCAAACUCUGUUCUUUGCGAGGACGGUAGGAAAAUGAAGUUCUUAGCGGAUGGAAACUGGGGAAUUCGUAAAGCUAGAGGAGCGGUUCCUCACGAUUUGGGAACACAUGAUCCAUGGCACGAAAUGAACGCUUACAAUAUUCACGAUACGAGUAGAUGGAAAGAUCUGAAUCCAAAAUUCGUCCUUCAAGUGUAUCGUGAUUUCUCAGCCACGGGCGAUUUAUCUUUUGGAGCUGAUGUUUGGCCUUCUGUCUGCGCUGCGAUCGAGUAUAUGGAUCAAUUCGAUAGGGAUAACGACGGGCUAAUUGAAAAUGACGGUUUCCCAGAUCAAACUUACGAUACUUGGACAGUUCAUGGUGUGAGUGCUUACUGUGGCUGUUUGUGGAUUGCAGCUCUUCAAGCUGCUGCUGCAAUGGCGGUUCAACUGGGCGAUAAGGCUUUUGCCGAAAGAUGUAAAAGAAAGUUUUUGAAAGCGAAAGAAGCCUUUGAGAGGAAGCUAUGGAAUGGUUCUUAUUUUAAUUAUGAUAGUGGAUCUAGUAGUAAUAGUAAGUCUAUACAAGCUGAUCAGUUGGCAGGGCAAUGGUAUACAGCUUCGUCUGGCUUACCUAACUUAUUUGAUGAUGAUAAAAUCCAAAGUACUCUUCGGAAAAUCUUUGAUUUCAAUGUUAUGAAAGUUAAGGGUGGUCGAAUGGGGGCUGUAAACGGGAUGUUUCCUAAUGGAAAAGUGGAUGAUACGUGCAUGCAAUCACGCGAAAUAUGGACCGGAGUUACUUAUGGUGUAGCAGCUACUAUGAUCCUGGCUGGAAUGGAGGAACAGGCUUUCAAAACUGCUGAAGGAAUAUUUCUUGCAGGCUGGUCAGAGGAAGGAUAUGGAUAUGCUUUUCAAACACCGGAGGGUUGGACAACUGAUGGACACUUCCGGUCCCUGAUAUACAUGCGACCACUUUCGAUUUGGUCCAUGCAGUGGGCUUUAUCACGGCCCAAGACUGUUCUUCAGGCUCCAGAGGUGAAUUUCAUGGACAGAAUUAACGCUUCCUGGUACUAUAAUACCACAAGAUAUUAUCAAAAAGAAGAUAAUCGAGUUAGGAAGAUAACAGACAAGGCUAAGUGUUUAGGUAAUUCUGUUUUCAGCUGUGCCCAUUGACUUGUUUCUACUUGUAUCUUGAGGAUCCCCAUCCAACUUGUUUGUAUCUCUGAUUAUUGUAUGGUUAAUGUUAUUGUUUUUGUUUG